ACCAAGAAAAGGAACCCGAACAGACCUAGGUGAUGGUCUUUUAAAAAGGGGAAGGUGAAAGAUACGCAAGGCCAGGGGAAAAUGUUCCCGUCGCUUCCUACAAUGACUGUACUCGUUCCACUCUUGUCCUUGGCUGGUCUGUUUUAUUCGGCCAGCGUGGAUGAAGACUUCCCCCAGGGAUGCACUAGUACAACCAGCCUCUGCUUCUACAGCCUGCUGCUUCCCAUUACGAUCCCCGUUUAUGUGUUCUUCCACCUCUGGACCUGGAUGGGCCUCACACUCUUCCGCCACAACUAGGCUGGCAGAGGGUCUGUUGACAAAGAAUACGCUAGUGAUCCUUAACAUUUUAUCUCUGCAAGUGAGAGGUGGAAGUGAUGGACCCCACAGUGUAUAAAAUACAUUUCCAUGAAGAUGCACCCAAGUUCACAGAAGAUCUGCAUGCCCUUCAUUGCAGUGUCUGCACAAGGAACUUCCCUGUUCAGGGCGUGUAGCGCCAGAUCACAUUAAGCAAAGAAGAAACAAGGAAGUCCUAUGGUGUACCAAAUCAUGUGGCCCAGACUGCCUUCACAGGCUUCACCUUCUCUCCUUGUAUGCAUGGUGGCUGCAGUUAAGACUACUACAAGUUGACCUUAAAAUGGCAGGUGGUAAAUAUAUUCAUACAACCUACCAAGUUCCUCGAAAGAGCUCUGUGCAAAGGUACCCUAAGGGACAGCUUCUUUGUUACAGAUUUUUGAAGUCAGGCUUUACAUACAAUGAUGCUUCACAAGCAACACACAGAAGAGCAGUCUUUCGUGCAGGAGUUUUGUAAAGUGAAAAGUUGUCUCUUUGUGCACUAGAUGUUGGGUUCUCAGGUUACAGAUGAUUUGUAAUCAGGCAUGGUGGCCAGAGGGUAUAUUCUCUUGCAUUUAGCUACAGAAUUGUCUUGUGGGUACCCUGGCUGUUUGAACUGAUGCGUGCAAGAAAAAAGGGUUGGGAGUUCACACAUAGUGCUGCGAAAAUGAUCAGCGCAGGAUAAAAACGUUACUGAACAGCAAACUUUUGUUUUUUUUAAAAUAAA